AUGGCUGGGCUCUAUAUCUUCCUCCUGGGGCUGGUGCUGCCCCACUUUCUCAUGGCUUUUGCCCGGAGAGAGCAGUGCUCCAGCCCUGAGCGUUCUGAGGACAGAGGCAGUGCAACGGGAGCCGUCCCUGCGGCUGUCACCACCUUUGCGGCUGCCGGGACUUCUCUGCUAAAGCAGCUGCAAGACAAUGAGGGUGAGCGAGUGGAGACAUACCGGGAGCUGGAGAGUGUCUUGCAGGGAGGCGACGGCUGUUUGACGAGCGGUGUUGUGAACCGCCUGAUAGCAGAGGCGUCCAGUGACAUGCGAGCAGCCCAGGGUGUGGCAGGUGACGUGAAGAUGGCUGCUAGUGAUGUCCUGGUGGCUCUGGCCCGCUCCCACUUCCACUUUGUCAUGUCCGAGCUCCAGAGCCACCUGAAGGCCAUGGGGAAGGUCCCUGAUGAGAUUGUGCUCCUCACCUUGGGCAAAAUGGCCCACAGCUACGCCCUGCAGUGCAUCCCCUUUGUGGGAAUGACGCUGCUCGCCCUGCGCGCCGUGCUGAGCCGGGUGGGGAGCGGCCGGAUCCUGUGCGCCGUCUGCAGUGUUCUGGAGCAAUGGUCGAAAGGAGUCAAUACGUACUUUGGCAAGCGGGAGCAAUGCUCCUUCCCUCGCAAAGGGGCAGCGGCACGGUUCUCUGAAGCCAUUUACCCGGUCUUCUGCUAUGUGGUGGAAAAUUGGCUGGACUGCAGGGAGGAAGAGGCCAAGCAGGCUGUCCUCGGGGCGGUGGCUGCCAUGAUGAGUGUCCUUCUGCAUGAGGAGCAGCACCGAGAGCAUGCCUGGGAGCAGCUCCUCUGGCUCCUGCACCAAUAUCGGGAGGUCCGAGACCCCUCCCGGGUCACCAAGAGCCUCAGCUAUGUCCUGGAGACGCUGGAGGGAGUUCAGACCCCAGUCCCACGGGGCACGGCUCUUGCCAUCAGCACUGCUGUGCACCGCCAGCUCUCUGAUGUGACCAAAGAGCCGGGCCCGGCCCAUAAGGCAGUGCUGUCCCGCUGUGUCGUGCUGCAGGCACAAAUGUACGCCGAGGAGACUGUCGCGUUUCUACGCUCCCAGCUGAGCGGUGGGAGUGAGGCCGGUCGCGUGGCAGCCGUGGGCCUGCUGGCAGUGCUGGUCCGCUCUGACGCACCUGCGACGAGAGAGAAGCUGCCCCAGGUGGUGGAGGCUGUGGGGUCAGUGUGCGAUGACCCCAGUGCCCAGGUGCGGAGGGCAGUUCUGGAGUUCAUCAGGGAGCUGCUCAGCUCUGUCGGCCAGAGCUGCUGGGCAUGGGAUGUGGUGGGGCACAUCUUCACGGAGUUCAGCCGGACCUCGGGCAGACUGGUGGCAGGAGGCCUUUUUCCCUGGGAAACCCAGGAGGAUGGAGCUCUUCGAGCCCUGUGCAUGGACAUCCUGGGCUCGCUGGAUGUCUCUCUGAGAGGGAUGACACGACUCCUGUGGCCGAGGCUGCUGCAGUAUGUCGUGCCAGCCCAGUACAGUGGCAUGCUGGUCCCGCUCUCCCACUGCCUCCAAGCCCUAGUUGAGAGACGGGAGAGAGCAGGGUGCAAGGAAGAAGAGGAGGAGCCAGAUGCCACAGAGUCCCAGGAGCAAGCCCAGCUGCCGGCUCCCCAGGCCCUCUUGGCUCGACUGCUGGUGGUGGCCGCAGCUCCUUACAGGAGUGGCGAACGCGCAGUCGCUGCCUUGCAGCUGCUGCAGGCCCUCCACGGCAGGAUCCACCGAGCCUUGGGGGCAGUGUGGGCAACCGAGGUCCCCCUCCUGCUGCAGUACCUGGAAGGAAGAACUGAGAGCUCCCUGGACUCUGCAGAGUGGGAGCACCGUGUGCUUAAGUUCCUGCGAGCCUCACUGGAGCCCAUCGAGGACAAGGCGUGGACCGUGGGCCUGAGCCAGGAGCUGAGCCAGCAGCUGGGCAGCUCUGCCCCCAGCUCCUGGGAGAAGCUAUUCCUGCACAAGGCUCUUGGGACGGCGCUGGCAGGUUGUCAGGACCUCAGACACGUCCAAAGGCAGGUGCUGAGGUUCCUCCAGGAGACAAACCCUGUGGAGUUGUCUGAGGUCCAGGGAAUGAUUUCUGUUGUGGCCCGUGCUGCCGAGGAGCACUUCCACCUGGUUUUAGACACGGUGACCAUGUUCUCUGCUGCUCUCACCAGAGACUGGUUCUAUCAGACUUCCAUGGGCUGGAAGGUAAAGGAUCCAGGAUUUUGUUUGCCUUUCCUUUUUUUGGCCUUCUUUCCACUUCUACGGCUGCAGCAGGCAAACUGUGGCAGGUGCCUUUAGAUUAGCCCUCUUGUAAGAGGUA